AUGUCUCACGGAAACGUCUGGUUCUCUCGCCCCCGCCGCUAUGGAAAGGGUAGCCGUCAGUGCCGUGUCUGCGCUCACCAGGCUGGUCUGAUUCGCAAGUACGGCCUUGACCUCUGCCGUCAGUGCUUCCGCGAGUACGCCGCCGAUAUCGGUUUCACUAAGUCUGUGCUCAGUGCCCCUGUCAACCGCGUUGCCAUAUCGGGUUUCGAUCUCUGGGCACACGGCUAA